CAGAGGCCAGAAUAGCUGGCCAGUGUUGUUGUCCAAAUAGAUGAGAGCAAGGUCAUUGAGGAUGUUUGCCCUUGGCUUCUGCAAUAUUUCACUGAGGAUUGCCUUUCUUGAGCAGUAAUAACCAGGGUUCUGUUUUCUGGAUUCCUUUUGCCUUCAUUUCAAGGUGUCAGUCUCCUUCCCCAUCCCUAGAGUCAGACAAGAACAGGAAAUGCAAAAAGCUCCUCAUGAAGAUGACCAGGAAUCCUCAGAAUGCAAUUUGCACCACGAUCUCAUUAAGGGAGAUUCUUUUAGUCAGCAGCAAUUUCCUGCUCUGUUGGUACAGCAGGAGCCAGAAAUAUCUACAGGGUCUCCAACAGACCAAAUGAGAUCCUUAGAGAACAGUAAUGACAGCCAGACCUCAAGGUCUCAGCAUCCUCCAUUGGUUACCAGUUCCAGUCCUUGUGACAUUUCCACCAAUGGCACUCGCAACGUGCAUAAAAGCCACCCACCAAAGCGAGUCUUCCCAUGGAUGAAGGGAACAAGACACAACACCAAGCGCAACAGUAGCCUUCCUUCUGCAGACCCUGGAUCUCCACCACCCCUUUCCUCUUCCAAGAGACUCCGCACGGCCUACACUCAUACACAGCUGGUGGAACUGGAGAAAGAGUUCCACUUUAAUAGGUACCUCUGCCGCCCACGGAGGUUGGAGAUGGCUCGGCUUCUCAGGCUGUCAGAAAGGCAAAUCAAGAUCUGGUUCCAGAACAGAAGGAUGAAAUACAAGAAGGAUAUUCGGUCAGCCAAGGGGACCAAUAAGAAGUCACCAAAUCAAAGUCCUCAAGUGAGCUUCUAUUACAGUGAAAUGGAGCCUGAAUGUGAGACAGACUCAUUGAGUUCUUGCAACGAAGCCCAGGGUGCAGUUUACAGCACAGCAACUGAAGCUGAUGCCCUUUUCCUCAGCCCCCUAACUUCUGUCCCCUUGGAGUACUGCCCCCUCUCUGUUCAAGGAGAAAGCCAUUCUUAUGGACUCCCAGUCCUGCAAGAAAACCUGAGUGAGAUGGGAGAAAAUUACCUGGGAAAUGUGCCCGAGGCUGAUUCAGUCUACAGCUUCCCUGAUUGCUCCUUAACAAACCUGGACUACAGCUGUUUUGCUGAACUCCCCGGCCACCACCAGCUUGGGCCUUCCAACUCACAUCCCGUUUACACAGAUUUUGCCACACAUCCUGUGCCUCAGGGAGAUUCUCAGGGACCUGUAAAUCUUAUGCAUCUGUGAGGGGCUCCCUGCCAUGGAAACCAAACCAGGGGAAUUGCUACAGUGCUAUUAUCUCAUUAAGAAAAAAUACCUCUAAGUGCAACCAAGAGAAUGCCUUCUUUCUCCAACCUCUCAGCCCACACAUUACCUCUUAUUUAUUUAACUGUACUGAAAAUCAUUCAGAGUGUGGGGGCAGAGAGCACAGGGCUGAGACCUUGCCAGGUUUUACCAAGGCAUAUUGCCAGCUAUUAUUAUUAUUAUUAUUAUUAUUAUUAUUAUUAUUAUUAUGUCAGUCUAAUAGCUUAGUUUAUGCCUUAUGUAAAUAAAUAUUAACUGCCAUCAAGUCGACUUUAACUUAUGGUGACCCCAUGAAUGAGAGAUCUCGAAAUCACUCUAUAGUAGUCAGCAGCCCUGCUCAGGUCUUGCAAACUUAGGGCUCAGGCUUCCUCGAUUGAGUUUGUUCAUCUGAAAUGUAGUCUUCCGCUUUUCAUGCUGCCUUCUACCUUAUAAAGUGUUAUUAUCUUUUCUGAUGAGUCAUGCCUCCUCAUGAGAAAAAAAAAACACCUUUGUGAAAACAGCAUUUCUACCCCAUGGCUAGAAAUUACUUUUUUUUUCUGUGUCAGGAGUGACUUGAGAAACUGCAAGUCACUUUUGGUAUAAGAGAAUUGGCCAUCUGCAAGAAAGUUGCUCAGGGGAUGCCGGAUGUUUUUGAUGUUUUACCAUCCUUGUGUCUCAUGUCCUCGCAUGGGGAGCUGGAGCUGACAGAGGGGGCUCAUCUGCACUUUCCCUGGAUUCAAAGCUCAUCUAUGUUCUCCCCGAAUUUCAACUCCUGUCGGCACAAGGGGUGGGGGGGCUCCUCCUAGAAAUUACUUAGGGAGACUUGAGUGCAGUGGGAUUGGCCAGCACAAUGAAAUGAAAAAUAAAGGAGACACACAACACAUGCAAGGACAUUAUAUCUAGUUUGCAUAAUUUGCUCCACAUCCUGGAAAUCAACAUGUAGGUAGGCAGGGUGAAUGUCAGCCAUUGGGCACAACAGAUAGGCUACUCUUGCUGGGUCCUUAUGUUUUGUUGGGUUCUAAUGCCUUCUUUACAGCUACAGAUCCAUGAUGAGGCUCCUGAUGCAUUCCCUGUGGCUACUACACGUUUGUAGUGGAUUUCUGACAUUCUGUACCUCUCAGCCUUAUGAUCUUUUUCUUAAAGAGAGACAAGCAAUAAAGUAGUAAAGAUUUCUCACUCCCAAUUAUAUAAUAAUAGCAGGAAGAAAAUAAUUUUCCUAUUCUUAGCACCCCUAAAUCAUACUGCAGAAAACUUUGUGCAGACAAGAAUGGUUUUUUUAGGGACUGCUAAUUCUGCUCGGGAAAACAAAUUCUAGGCUUCUGCAGUCCUUAGUUCUAAUAUAUCUGUCUUUUGCACCAAACUCUGAUUGGUGGCUCUCAAGGUAAAACAAAACAAAACAAAACAAAUUGGAUCAUGCAAAUCAAGUUUGCUGACUCCUAUGUAGAAAACACUUUGAAAUCUACAGUCCUACAUUGCCAGUGCUUGAAAACCAAAUCACUAUCCUCAAUUGCUAUUGUCUCUCUUACAAAUAUUUUUAGAAAGGGGAUUGUAGCUCCUGAAUCACCCCAGCUAGCAUAGACACUAACCAUGUUGGCUGGGGGAUUCUGGGAGUUGUAGUUAAAAAAAAUGUAAAUUUCCCAAGCACUGAGCAAAGCUGAGGAGAUAUGUUCCCACUUCUUUCUCCUUCACCUGCUAUUUGGCUUACAAUGGAUACAGCUUGAAAUGGAGGUACUCAUAAGGAAAGUAUUAAAAUGCAAGGAUCUAUGUUUAUUCCCAUCAGCAAACGAGUUCUGUUUAAAUUAGUGGUUCCUAAUCUGUGGUCUGUGGACCACCAGUGAUUUGCAAGAAUGAAAAUAUGGUCCACGGCCUCACCAUUACCACACCAUUGCCUCGAAACCACACAACAACGGGAGAGACUUGUCUCAUGAAACCCUGUUAUAAUGUCGAGACAAUGGGGAUGCCAGGAGGGAGAGGCUGACUAUCUACAAAAGAUUACUACUACCACAUCAGCUCUAGAUUAUUAAAUAAGUUUUUUUAUCAGCAAGCAGAUGGCAUAUGUUCUGUAUCAGAAACUAGAGCUGAUGUGAUCUAUCCAAUGCAAUUUUCAGAAUCAGUACUCCAAAUAACCAAACUGAAUCUAAAGUUGACCAAUACCGAUUUGUAACCCUUUUGGUACUAGUGUUGGAAAGUGGUCCCUGGUCAAAAAAAGGUUGGGAACCACUGGUUUAAAUCUUCAAUAGAGGCUGGUCUUUUGCAAAGCUAAGAAGUCUUAAUUGCCUGUCUAAGGAAUAUCUUAUG